UCAUGUUCUGUUUUCUGGUCUUUCUCAGUGAUAAAGGAAGCCGCUCUCCUGAAGAAACACAACUUAUUUGAAGACAACAUGGCCUUGCCCAGUGAAAGUGUGUCCAGCUUAACUGAUCUAAAAACCCCCGCAGGGUCAAACCAGGCCAGCCCUGCCAAGAGAGCCUCGGCCAUUCUGCCAGGAGUUUCAGAGAGCGAGGCGCUGAGUAAUGAAGUAUUCCAGGAGCUGGGGGAACAGAAGCAGCCUGGGGUCCCUAGUCCAUUGACCAAAGGAGAAAGUCCAUCUUUCCCUGUCCCUACCCCUCCCCCAGACGGGACCGGACAGGGGAUUCUUUCAGGGGUGGAUGGCCCUGUUGUGCCUCUCGUGGCUGCAGAGGACACGGCAGGAGCCCUGGGCACACACUCGUCGGAGCUGGAGUUUGGAGGGGCUCCUGCGGACAGAGAACCCAGCUACGAAAAGCCAGAAUCCAGCUCUGCCUCGGGCUCCUUGAAGGAGCUCAGAAAUUUGUUGACGGUGACCAUUGAAGUGCCAGUGGAAUCGGCCUCCCUCGAGAUUGAGAAAGAUACGAAUGAAGAGACCCUUGCUCCCCAAGAAAUUGAAACAGUAGAGGCAACAACCCAAAUCGACACAGAGGCCGAUCAAGCAGCUGCCUCCAGUCAGGACAGCUGUGAAGGCGGUGAAAUCAGUGAGAGGGAGGCCCGCUCUUCCCCUCGGGAGGCUGAGGCGGAGGCCGGCAGGGAGGAGUUGGGGGGGUUCCUGGGGGCUCAGCUGGCCUGCGAAGGGCUUACCCAGGGUGCCAGCAGCCCUGGCCCCCCAGAGCAGCAAGCAGAGGCUGGGGAGUCCCCUGAGAAGGAGCUCACAGGGGGGGCUUCCAGACUGGAUGCCCAGGAAGGAGGAGGGGCUGAGGCCAUUGUGGAGGUUGAGGACAGGCCAGAAGAAGAUUGCAUUUCCAGGGCUCACCCCACCUGCCCCAGUGAGAGCCAGGGUUCUGUGGAAGAAACCCUGGGAGGGAGCAGCAACAUGGCCCAGGCUACUGCCAGUGUGGAUACAGAAGAGGUUAAGGCUGCUGGUGUUCACGAGUGCCAGUGGGUGGUGGAGAAUGCUCCAAACUUCGAUCUGCUAGGUUCACAAGAUGGAGGGGAGAGUACCCCAGGGCAGCCCUCGGAAGAGUGAAAGGGACAAUUUGGCAUAAGUAUUUCUUUGCACAAACUCAGCCAAAGGUUCAUAGUUAUGGGUAUGCUUAGGGGUUGCACGCAAGUUGUUACCAAAAAAAAAGAAAAGAAAAGAAAAAAAGAGAAGUACUUCCUUAAUGUGUGUAAUGAAACCAGAGGAAAUGCACACAGGGCAUGCGCACUGAGGCAGACCUUUGUGGACUUGAACUGUUCUACCGUGAAUUACCGCUCUAGCAUUUUAAUAGGAAGUGUUUGGGGUGAGAGGCAGCUGCGCAUGUCUAAGGGAGGUGUUCCAGCAAAGAUGAAGAAGACAGUAGGAGCAUAAUUUCCAAUACACUGCACGUUUUCCUCUAAUGUGCUUGAAGCUUUUUAAUUUUUGGUAAGAAUGCAAAUGUAUAUUGUAAAUCUAGCUUCACCAUCCAUUAGGGCAACUUCACUGUCUCUGAAGGACUCGGCAUUCGUCUAUAGUCAGACCGCAGGGAAGGGUUGGUGGUGAACACUGGUCACCCGGCUGUGGGCAGCCCCGCAGCCCCUGAGAGAUUAUGCCUGAGAGAACCCAGAGGAAGCUGAGCGCAAACGGAGGAAGGUUGUGGUCUGUGGGGCUGUCUGAGCCUGGUACUAAUUCUGCUAUCAAUUUCUUGUUAAUUAAUCAUGUUGCUUCUUAUUAAUUAAUCACCUUUUGGGGAAAUUCAGAUGAGGCAAGAAAAUUUCCUUGGCAUGUUUAAGCUUGAAAGAAUUCCAAAUUAGCCUUAGGCUGUGCACUGGGGCCUUAGCUAAUUGUUGAGCAUAAAAGACUACCAGUUAAACAAGCAUUAUUCCAACAGCUGCUGUAUGCCUCGCACUGUGCUAGGCAUAGUAACAACAGCAACGACAACAACAACAACAAGAAAAGAGAAGGUGCUUUGGCAUAAAUUAAAAGACCUACAGGAAUUUAAAGAAAAAAAUACGCCAAUUUUCAAACCAUGACAACUUUGUCUAUCCAUUGAAACAGUCCUGAUUCAUUCCCAGAAGGGGAAUAAAGUGAAUAAAUGGGGACGGAAGGAAGGAAGGAAGGAAGGAAGGAAGGAAGGAAGGAAAGAAAGAUGGGAAGAUGAAAAGCCAAGAUGGACAUCAUCAAGUUCCAGUCAAGUUCUAAAGAUGUCACCAAAAGUGGAAAUCAUUUGUUUGGUCAUUCAGCAAGUUAACUGGGUCCCUGUGAUGUCCCAGGUGCUAGAGAUACUACAGUGAAAAAGACUCCGUUCCUCUCCUGGAACUUACACUUUCAUGGAAAUAGACACAGAUAUAUCUUCGCAAUGGAUCAUGACCUAGAAAUGUUAAUGUUAAGAAACUUACUUGCAGAAGAUUAAAAAGCUGUAUUUUAUUAUCCUUCCAAAAAAUACCAUAUCAUUUCCUAAAAGCUUCAGUCCCAGGUAGUACCUCUUGACAUUUCCGUCCACAAAUUUUAAUAUUAGAUCCCAACAUACUGUCCUAAAAGCUUGUUUUGAUCAUCACCAGCAAGUUUAUAUCAGUUGUUUAGAGAAUUUGUCCCACAGUUUAACUCUCUUACCAGGAAUUAAAAUCUUUCUCUGUCCAACUCCCCAUGAAGAAUUUUUAGGUGAUAAAGAAUGAAUAAUAAUCAGUAUCAUUAUUGACUCAUAUUGAAUCAUUUUAAUUUCUCUUAGAGUGUUUAGAUCUUCACAUCUAUGAGGGGUCUCCUUAGAGAGAAGAAGGUAGAGGCCACUCCCCGCGUCCCUGCAGUCCCCAGUGCUCACUCAUAUCAUUGCAUUGAGCACAGAGUGUUGAGCACAGAGCACUGAAAUUGUGUUUACUUCCCAUCUCUUCUGGGGCCUCACUCUUCAAGGACAGGAACUGGGGUUUAUUACUCAUAUGUGCUUCCUGCUGGAGAUACACAGCCUCGGAUAAUGGCUCCCUGCCUUCUCAAGUCCCUUUUAUAUCCCUAGAGCCUCGCACAAGAACUGGCAGGUGUUGAGCUGUUCAAGGCAUGUAAGACCCGAAUACCCGCCACGCUGCUGUGCUGGGGCUAUUUGGGGCCUGCUGCCAGGCAGGGAGAGAUUUUUUAAUUGGGCUUUCUGCCCUUGGGGAGCCUUCCCUUAGGUCAAGUCCAAAGUCCAAGAGGCAGACAGCCAGAUGGUCAGACGCACUGCCCAGUAAGGCUCAGAGCCAACGGAGUAGUGCUGAGCCCCACCAAGGACUGCCCUUCUCUCCAAGAGAAUGUCAGCGAGCAAGGAGGUCCUAGCCCUGCUCGAGCCCAUGCUGGAGCUUCCCAGCUUACUUCCUUUGCUCACCUCAGGGCUUCUUGGACUCCUUGGAAAAUUAAGAAAUUUUUCCAACCCUAAAAGAAAGUACAUGUGCAUUGGAUGGGUGGCUAUCAGUGCCCUCCCUUUACCCAUCUUGUAGGCCAGAGGGUACUGGGCACAACGUGGUAGGACAUACUUGAGAACAAAAGAAUUUUUCUGUACAUAUUUCACAAAAGACAAGUUCACUAGACUAAGCGGGAUUAUUGUUCCAUCUGAAGAUGGAACAGGAAACUAAAGUUCAUUAAAAAUAUUCCUUAUUCAUUUUAACACGUUGAAUGGAGUCACUUCAUAUUACUAUGAGCUUGUCUUGUUUUUGAUAGACUGUAAUCAUUGCUUUAGUGGUUUCCAGGUUAGAGCAAGGUUAUUGUCAUUUAAAUAAGCAGCAUGCAGAAGUGUCUGCAGGCUGCUCUGGGGAAUCUCUCCCAGCAAAUCCACUAGUAACACAGAAAACCUCAGGACAUGGUUUUUGGGGAAAACUCCAUGACUUUAAAGGAGUUAUGUUACUAUUGACCUUUUACAAAGAGAAUAUUUGCCUGGAAAAAAAAUUAGCUUGUCAUUUUUUUUUUCCCUUUACAGCUUAGAGUGGAGACAGUGGUGCCUUGAAUUAUGCAGAGAAAAGUCUCAAAAAAAAAAAAAAAAAAAAGUCUUUUGGAAACCACAAGGCUAAGAUUGCAGUCUGUCCAAAAGCUUUUAUAAAGAGGCUGAGCGUGAAGAACAGCAGGUCUCUUGGCCUGACCUUCUACGUUUCAUUGCAAAGAUGCUCGAGUUUGGUUUUGUCACCCUCCCCACUGGAGUCCUGACUUUCAAGGGUUUCACAGCUCUGCCAGAUGAGGGAUUUUCAUUCUUUAUAAAAAGUGCUAAAUGCUAUAUGCUACAUAGCAAUUUUAAUCUGGGGAAGGGAAGGACAUCACUGACUAAAACAACACAGGUUCACUAGGUAGAAAAGUUCGCUACAUGUGUCUUCGUACUUUACUAGAAGUAAGCGCGUUUGGGGACUUGCCUUCUGAAGUCGGAACUUCAAGAAAAAAAUCUACACUGUGGAUGGGUUUUUCUGGUCACUAUAUAAAGCAAAUAGACUUAAAGCACUUUGUAACCACAUAUUUACUCUGCCAAGUGCCUAUAUUCCAAUAAAAUGUUCAUCCUUGAA